AUGAACGCGGUGGGGCUUUUAAUCGGCGCAGCUGCCAGGAGCUGCUGCUGGGCGGCCCCCCCAGGGCAGAGGAGGCACAAGAGCCACCUCAACUCGGUCUCCAUUUUGCAGCAAUUUUACAACCGACUGCCCAUUCGGAAGAGGUACAUAAAGGCGAUCAAGAAGGGCACGCUGGUCUGGGACAAGGGGCAGGUGAAAAUCCCGCCGCUCAAAAUCGAAGGGUACGACCCGCCCAAGAAGUGCCUCUCUCCGCUCGUCAAGAACAGGAACAACCAGUACCGCGGGAGCUUCCUGAAUUUGAGGGCCCACCGGGUGGAGUUCCAGGACUGA